AUGAAGAUUUAUGAAGAUGUGAAGGGGGUAACCAAAGCAAACCUUAAAUCCCUCUCGCAGUCAACCACUACAACCCUAAAUCUCUAUUCUUUACACUAUAAGGUCUUUUUGAUGGAUAGUGUUCGUAACAACUUGAAGAAAGAUUUGUCACACUUUCUUUCGUCUUGUAUCCAGGCACCAAUUACAUCAGAUGGUAAAUCAUAUCCAACUACUUAUUGGGAGAGCAUCAUUGAAAGCCUAAAUGGUGUUCUUGAUACAUUAAAAGAAUUAUGUGUGCCACCUGUCAUUAUUCAGAAUUUUUUUGCUCAAGUUUACUCUGACAUUGAUGUGCAACUCUUCAACAUCCUUCUUAUGCAUAAAGAGUGUUGUACACUUGGGAAUGGGGAGUAUGUGAAAUCAGGGUUAGCUAAAUUAGAAGCUUGGUGUACUAAGGCAACUGCAAAGUUUCAUGGGAUUUUAUUUUGGAUCAAUCCUUUUGUUCUGGUGGAGAUUUUGAGAGCUCUUCAUGGAAAGUAUAAGAUAAGAUCAAAUCUUUCAGCCAGCUGCCAUUGGAGACUUGAUGUCAAGUUCUCUUAUGAAGGAAAGGUCAGUGAAGAUAAUUUCCCUACAACCAUUGGAGACUUGAUGAAAACUUCUUCUUGGGUCAUGUUGUACUAUGGGCAUUAA